UUCAUUCUAAACACAAAUAAUAUUCCUACUACUACUUGUUUGAAAAACAAACAUGGCUAUCUUCUCAUUUACAAAACUGUCACUUCUUGUUUUGUUUUCAAUUUCCCUCCUGGCCUGCACCUCAUUGGCUCGCGAUCAUUCCAUCGUGGGAUACUCCUCUGAUGACUUGACAUGCAUCGAUAAGCUCAUCAAUCUCUUCGAGAAAUGGAUGGAUAAACACGGCAAGAUUUACAAGAGCAUUGAGGAGAAACUGCAUAGGUUUGAGAUUUUCAAGGAGAAUUUGAAGCAUAUCGAUGAGAGGAAUAAGAUUGUUACCAACUAUUGGCUUGGUCUUAACGAAUUUUCUGAUUUGAGCCAUGAUGAGUUCAAGAAAACGUAUUUGGGACUUAGAGUUGAUCAAGAUUUGCUCAACAAAAGAGAACAAUUAUCUCAAGAAGAAUUUGAAUACAGAGAUUUUGUUGAUCUGCCUAAGGCUGUUGAUUGGAGGAAAAAAGGUGCCGUUACACCUGUGAAGAACCAGGGUCAAUGUGGUAGUUGUUGGGCAUUUUCAACUGUAGCAGCAGUAGAGGGAAUAAACCAAAUAAAGACAGGGAAUUUGACAUCUUUGUCUGAACAAGAGCUGAUAGACUGUGACACAACUUAUAACAAUGGUUGCAAUGGUGGCCUAAUGGAUUAUGCUUUUCAAUUCAUUGUAUCUAAUGGUGGUCUUCACAAAGAGGAUGACUAUCCUUACCUCAUGGAAGAAGGCACUUGUGAUGAAAAAAGAGAUGAAUCUGAGGUUGUCACUAUUGAUGGUUACCGUGAUGUCCCAGCCAAUGAUGAGCAAAGUCUAUUGAAAGCACUUGCUAACCAACCUUUGAGUGUGGCUAUUGAAGCUUCAACUAGAGAUUUCCAAUUCUACAGUGGGGGUGUGUUCGAUGGGCAUUGUGGAACAGAUUUGGAUCAUGGAGUGUCAGCAGUAGGAUAUGGAUCUAUAAAAGGAGCAGAUUACAUCAUUGUGAAGAAUUCAUGGGGCCCAAAAUGGGGAGAAAAGGGGUUUAUUAGGAUGAAGAGAAAUACAGGCAAGCCAGAAGGCCUUUGUGGUAUUAACAAGAUGGUCUCUUUCCCAACCAAAAAGAAUUGAAACAACAAAAAUAGUAGCUACUUUCUAAAUGUAAUUUUUCUGAAUUAAUGUUUUGUUUCUGAUUCAACAAACAUUAUUUCUGUAUCUUUUAUUAACAAACACUCUACGUACGAUGUAGUAAUAAAUUUCUCAAUAAAUUAAUGUUUUUUUUUUC